AUGGUGGUACCUAACCAACCUGUACGCGACAGCCAGCCAGCCAGCGGGGGCCUCUCACAAAUAAUUGGCAAAUACAAUGAAUGGGCGCGAUUGAUCGUCCAGGGCAUUAAAGCGUGCAGUGCACACACACGUUCUCAUUCCCUCACACACACACGAAUAGUCAUACAAUUUGCGGUCUCUGUCUGCCCCUCCGGAGGUACACACAAAGACGCGGACACACACACGCCUCCCUUGAUGAUUCGUUCGUCUUGUUUUCGCGCAUCAAUCGUCGCCUCGUCUUAUCACCUACCGUAAUCUGUUUUUGAGCUGCUUAUUAUUCGGUUUUGAUCUGAACUUUUUGAGAUUUGGAUCUGCGAUCAACGCUGAGCUCAAACAAGACUGAUAGGGGUACGGUAAUUAGUUAGGAUGUCAAGUUCUGUUUUGAACUACUUUCUCUUCCGUUUUGAGCUGAAGUUUUGAGAAGCCGUAUACUUCUUGGCCUCAUUAAACUUGAUAGAGAGUGAUAGGGAUACUGUGAUUACUGCAAAUCUAAUCUCGAUAAAAUAUUUUUCGAGAACAAGUACGAAUAUUGAGCUUACUAUUACUUGAUCGAGAGUGAUAAGAACACAGUAAUUGCUGCCGGUACCUACCGUAAUUAACUUUUGAGCUGGUACUCAUUGCCUUUUUGAGUCCUAAUUGACUUUUUAGGCUUACUGAUAAAGACUUCAGUGAUAAGUAUACGGUAAUUAUUGGAGUUGAACUAUCGGAAAACUUUCCUUCACUUGGAUAAGAAGCAAUUCUGAGCUUUCCAGAAACUGAUAAGGAUGCUGUUAUCAGCUGUGGAUUUAAAGAUUUUUGAAAACUUGGACCGGUCGGGAUUUAUUGAAUCUCUUUUUAUUUUUUUUUGUCAUUUUUUCAAAUCUAUGUUCUUUGAGCUUUUUGAGCUGAUUGAGUUGGUCAGUGCUGAUAAAGCUAUGAUAAAUUUAUAUAUUAUUUCUGUAUCUUAUAUUGAGCUUGAUUAAGUAGAUUUGUCGACUUCAUUUAGAUCUGGACAAAGCCUAUAAUUUCUGAUGAACCUUAUGAGUUCAUUAGAAGUUAUAGGCUGUGUUUCAAAGCUUCGUUUUUAGGAUAGAAAGGUGAAUUUUUUCUCAAAACGGUUUCGAAUUUUGAGCGAAACUGCGUUCCACCUUCUAAGCUUUGUCCCAUCAGUUCAAACAUUUUCUACUGGAUCACAAAUUGAAGACAAAUCAAGUGAGUAGAAGUCAAUCAAAACAUCAUCAACGUACCAUAAUCCAUCCAUAACUCGUUUCUCUCCUCAUAAAACGCUCCAAAUACGGUGUUUAACAAACGCCCGGAAAUUCAUUGCCAGAUUAGCACAGCGGCGGAUUUUAAUAAAUAAUAAUGUUUUGUGGCGGCGGCCCCCGGCGAAUGGUUUCAUUCAAUUGAAAAAUGCGGCGCCCAUUGAAAUUCUACUGGUUAUGGAUUUUUGGGUCGACGCUGUCGGCGUUAAUCGCCUCAUAUAUACAUACGACGACGUGCCUUUAAUAUCAAUCAAGUGAUCGUGACAAAAACUAUUAUUAUACUCGCAAAGCCAACCGGAAAUCAAUCUAUUCAUGACAAAGUCCCCACAAGGGAGUUCGUUUUACGUUUUGAUGUGGAUUUUUUCUGAGUUUUUGCUGAAAUACUCUCUACUCGCUUCCUGAGAAAAUCGUAAUUUUCAAUAAGGAGUGAUUCAAAAUUCAAAAAGCUGGCAGAAUAGGAAUAUUAGUCCUGCUUCUUGAAAAUUGAGAAUUUUCACAUUUUUCCUAUAAAUUUGAAGAAUUUCGCGAUUUCCAGCUUCUUCUUCAAGGAAAAAUUAACAUACUUUCUCAAAAUUCAAGCAAAAAAAGCAGAUCUUCUCGCCAGCCCUGGAGAGGAAUUGAUCCAGCGACCUUUCGGACGCUAGUUAUCAAUCUAACCCACUGAGCUAUGAUUCCUCUUUCUGCUCCCGCUCUCUUUUCUUAAUUUUUUUGAGUUUUUUUUCUUUUUUUUCUCUAUUUUUCAAUAAAAUCUUCAGCCUAACAAGCCAAUUUGAUGAAAAUGAUAAUUUUCUAUUUUGGAUAUGAAAUGAGAUUAUUAAGGAAAGUUAUCAGAUAAAUUUUAUGGAGGCCUAAUUUCGCAAAUCGCGAAUCUUUUUUUUUUUUUUUUUAAAUCUUUCUGGCCAUUCAGCCAUUCCCCAUGCGACCACAUCGUUCCAAUCAGACUCAAAUUGACUAUAUUUUCCCUGUAAAUGAUUGAUGAGAGCCUUCAAAUUUGUCUUACCGUAACGCCCCCUCUCUCUCUUUUUCUUUUCUCUUUUCUCUCUCUCUCAUCAAAAUGAUGUGUCCGCAAUAUCUAUAUAUGUCUUUCGUCCGCCGCCUCGCCAAUAAUUUUCCCGGAAUUUCUGGUUUUCUCUUUUCAUUUCCAUUUCCAUUUUCCAUUUUUUGAUUGAUCAAUCCUUUUUGAGGCCUUUUCGCUUCGAUUUUUCGCUUUUUUUCAGAGAAUUUUCGAAAAAAGUCUUGAUUUGAUUGGGGAAAAAUGUGGAAGCCAUGAGGUUGAAAAAAUUCAUUCCAAUAAGGAGUUCUUCUAUUAAUUAGGGAUCUUUCGUUACAAAUUUUUCAGAUUUAAAAAAAGAAAAAUCAAAAGAAAUUCAGUCUAUUUGAAGUUGUGAAAGUCUUUUAAUGUACUAGACUCGCGAAUUCCUUUUUAAAAAAAUUUCCAAUUUUCUAUCAGUCAAUCAAAGAGUAAACGAUCCAUAAUCAGUUUUUUUUGUAUUUGAUAUCCACUAGAAACGGUGAAAGUUGCAAUAAAAAAAUUUCGGUUCGAAAUUUCUGUCUUUUGUCAUUUUUUUCAAUUGUUUAAAGUUUAAUAAAAAAAUAUACAAAUCAAGUUUGCGGCUCUUUAAAAAAACAUCAAAAAGUACCUAAAAAUAAAAAUUGACGUGAAGAACGUUUUCUUUUUUUCGCGUGAUUUUUUUGUUGUUUUGUCUGUAUGAACAUUAUUCAAAAUUUGCACCAUCGGCAUUCAAUUUUACGCGCAACUCUGAAAUAUUUUCUCUCUCAGCCUUAUUUUAUCUCUCUUUUCUAUCUUAUCAGCUUCCUUAUCCUGUUUAAAAAAAUCAAAAGCAUUUUUUUGCUUCGGCAAUUUCCAACUUCAUCAAAUUUUUUUAUAUAAUUUUUUUCUGUUUUCAGGUCUUUUUCGGGCCUCCAGAAGCCUCCGUCGCCGUCAUUAUUGGACAAAUCAAAAACGAUUCCGGUGCAACGUCUGCAAUCAAUACUACGGACAGGGCCAAAAUUUGGAUAUCCAUUUGAGGCGAGUUUAAAAAGGAAAUGAAUUGAAAAUUUUUUUUUCGUAUGAUUUUUUUGUUGUAUUUUUUUCCCCUGUUUUUAUCGUUCUUUUGAAUCUUAAAAAAUAAAAAAAAGGUUUUGUAUAUCUUUAGGCCUGAUAUUAUCACGUAGGGCUAUCAAUUUGUCGGUUUUUGAAAAGUCUAUGUACCUGAAAAAAAAUUCCCGGUUGAAGAUGAGAUUUUCUUCUUUUUCUAACGCCUUUGAAUCAAUUGAGCGUCGAAUUAUCAAGCCGUGGUCUCCCGAAAUUUCCUAAACUUCUUGGUUUGGUUUCUGAAGUUCUGAAUCAUACAUGGGCAGAUCAUUUUUUUUUUUUAGGCCGGCAACCUCUCCUCCCAAAUCCUACCAAAAUUAUAGUUAUUACUACCUCCCUGAGAUUGAAAUUUGUAUUAUUGUGUCCAAAAAUAACUCCCUGAGGUUGAAAAUUAAUUUUAUUCCUAUUUUUCUGAAAUUGUUGUAAGCCAGCUUCUCCUCCCGGCCUGAAUAAGUUCUGUACUUGCCCACCUAUGGGACCCUAUUAACCGUACACAGACACAAAACCUCUCACGCUAUAGAGCGCCUUUUUGUAGAUGGAAUAAUAUAAGUUGCAGAUCGGUGGCUCAUCAGACGCGAAUGGGCCGGAUCGCCGAGUUGGCGGCGACGGGAGACGUCGACGUCAACAAGCCGAUCAUCGAACAGCCGGGAGGUCUUCCCCAAUCUCUCAUCAAGGACCUCAUCAGGAAGGAGGAUGAGGUCGGUUGAUAAGAAGUUUUGGGAUAAACCCAGUCUUUUUGAUGGCUUCUUUUGGAAUAAGAGUGUUUGGAAAAAAACUAUUUAAACUUGGUUAUGAUUUUUUUUUUUUGAAAGCUUGAAUGACUCUGUGAAGCAUGAGAAAAAGUAUUUUCAGAAAAAAAUUCCGGGAAAUCGAAAAAAACAGGUCUGAACUUGAAAAGAUCAAAAAUUUGAAUGAAAAACCUUUCCUUGUGAAAGAAAAAAGUCGAGACAUUUCAGAUGAAGUUUGACUGGAAAAAAAGCUUUCAUCGAAAAUCGAAGAACUCAUCAAUUAUUUCAUUGAAAAAAUUCAUCAGUGUAAUUCAUCAUUUCAACAAAAAUUCUCACAAAUCAGUGUAAACAAGAUUCGAAAAAUCCUCUCUUUGGCUUGGUCCUCAAUAACUUUUAUUUUUGUUCUAAAUUUUGUGCAAAAAACCACAUCCAGAAAAAAAAAAUAUUGCUUUUCACUGAAAUGUCGAUAUGAACAGAACUAGAAAAAUUGUUCGUUCAAUAACUUUUGACGCUUCUGAAGCUCAAAGAGUGAAUUUUAAGUAAUGAAGCCCUUUCUUCAACCAAAAAGCUACCGUAACCCUCCGGGCAGCUUCAUCUCCACGCUCUCCGACUCUCUUGAUGACUCUAAUUUCAAAUGACUUCUCUGGCGACCCUCUCGCGCCCCCACACUCUCUCUCUUCUCCCUUUGAUGACUGACAAAUCAUUUGGCGCGAAAAUCGUGUGCACACACACGCGCACACAAAAACACACAAAACCAAGCACUGAUCGGGGUAUUAUAAUCAAAUACGAUGCAGUGUGAAGCAUAUAAUAUAUGUGAGUAUUUGCGGGCGGCGCGCCGUUGAUCAUUUUGUUUGAUUUUGGUCGGCAUUGGUUGACCCUUUUUUCGAAAAACCUUUGGCCCAUUCUCAUGCAAAUUUCUCCCCUGCGCCACAAUCAAAUUGGCUCGAAUUUUUGUUUGAGAAGAGAAGAAAUUUGAACCGAGAAGGGGAAUCGAUUCUUGUUUGGAAUAAUAGAAAUUUUUAUCAGAAAAUAUAAGAACGUCUGGGGUUUCUUCAGUUGAAAAAAAUAGAGAUCUUCAGCUUUAUCAGAGAAAACAUUCGCACAAUUCAAAAAAGAAAAAUUGCAAAUUUCGAGAGGAUUCGACUUUUUUGGCAGACUUUCGGUCAGCUUCAUGGAUUUUGUCAAUUCACAAGAAAGUUUUUAUCUUUUUGUAAUUUUGUUUAGAAAACGUUUUGAAAAAAAGAAAAAAAAGAGGGGGGAAAAUAUACCUGGGGAAUGAAAUAAAAAAUAAUAAAAAAAUAAUUUUGCUAGCAAAAAUUGGAGAUAAAUGAAAAAAAGACCAAAAGGCUGAAUUUUUGAAAAAAAGACCAAGAGGCAUUAUAUAAAUCUAAAAUUUGUUUUUUUCAGCAGUCAGCGUCGCGGCAGUUCACGGUGAUGGACGUCAUGAACAUGUUCCUGCCAAAGAAUUAUGGCGACGCUUCGAAUGGAGGUAUCUUUAAAUAUGACUUGAGAAAUUUCAAACGAAAAAUCUUCAUUUCUUCUUGGAAUAUAGCAAAAUCCGAAAAGGGAAAUAUUUUUUUUCGUUAUUUUUUUCAAGAAGUCGAAACAGUCUGGCCUGUCUGUGCUCUCUUUUCUCUCACUCGCUAGAUCUUUUUUAAAGAGAGCACGAAAAUAUGAAAGAGUGCAGAGAAAUCAGAUUUUUUCAAACUUAUUACGCUUGCGGCAUUUUUUAAUUUCAAAAGUCGAAAAUAUCUGUCUGACCUGUCUGCGCUCUCUAUUCUCUCGCCGGUCACAGAAAAAUGAGAUGAGAGCUCAAAGGGUCAGAAAAAAUUAAAAAUGAACUAUUAAUUACAAUUUUCUAGACACUUAAUUUCCUGAAGGCUCAUCAUUUCAUUUGUAUCACUCCUAUUCUCAGAAACUUUUAAUCUGGCUUGUCUGCGCCCUCUUUUCUCUCGUCAAUCAGGGAAAAAUGAAAUAAAAGUCCGAAAAGCGCGAAAAAUAGGAAAAUGAACUAAAAAUUCCUUUUUUUCCAGAUACCCCCUCUCCUGAAGGCUCACCGACCGGACUGGACGAAGCCUCGACGUCUUCGAAUAAUCCGAGGAGCGGCGCCAACCUCCUCUCCCAGAUCCAAGUCUACGGCGAGGACAAACUGACGACGUUGGUUCCGUCCUUGGCCGAACGUCUUCCGAGACUUCCGACGGUCGACGACGCCGUCGCCGCCGCCUUGAAUCAGUUCGACUGCGAGGAGUGCGGCGAGACCCUUCCUGGGUUGCUGGUGAGUCUGUGGUCGCGUUUGGAAUGGCUCCAAGUGCUGCGGCUUAUUUUCUAAUAGAGAUAGUUCUGAAGGCUCAUCGGAUGUAGUUUUCACGCUGAUUCUGAAAAAAUGUUUGGUAGCGGUUUUUCAUUCCGAAACUUUAAGCGUAGUAGAUUUUUGAGCACAGAUGCGGAACCAUGAAAAGCGCAUUUAAUGAAGUAACUUUCAAGAAUUUCACUGAAAGUGUUGAGAACAGAUACCCAAGAGCGCAAGUCGUUUCAAGUCGGUCCCACCAAAAUUUCCUCUUUUCAGGCUUUCAACCUGCACUACGAAGAAGCCCAUUCCUCAAACAUCCCGACCGAUUUUCUUCGAUCCUUUGCCGAGCGAAUAGUCGCCGCGACUUCUGAAGAAGGCCAAACCAACGGCGAGAAGACGUCGUCGCCACGACGCGCGAACGGAGGCGCCGACGAUCUGGAGCCGCCAGAGAAACGCGUCAAGAGCGACGUCGCCGCCGCCGGUUUACCCGACGUCUCCAGAAUCUCAAAGUCAUCUUGAAUUUUUCAGAUUCAUCAAAACAAGCCGAACUCGCGCACAUGGCCCAGAUGUACGCCUUCAUGCAGAACAUGCCUUUCCUGGGAAACGGCCCCUUGAGUGGCUACUUGCCGCCGGGGAUGGCCGAGAUGUUCCCCAUGAUGUCGAAUCCCGCGGCGAUGACGUCUUCGCCCGCCAAGCGCGCCAGGACCCGAAUCACCGACGAACAGCUGAAGAUCUUACGGUAAAGAGGGUUACUGUACAUUUUGAUUAGUGGAACAAUUACAGCCAAUAUUUUGAUAUCAACAAUAGUCCGACGGAGAAUCAAAUCAAGGAGAUGUCGAUGAAGGCCGGUCUUCCGGAAAAAGUCAUCAAACAUUGGUUCCGCAACACUCUUUUCAAGGUUCGUGAUGGUAUACAGGAGUGUUGCUCAUCUUACAAAAGUCUGAAGUUUUUCAACUGUUUAAGUGUUCACUACAAUAGUUUAGGCUCUGACCACUAAGCCCCUCAAGAUUAAGUGGUCAUUAUAGUCGUAUUUAGUUUUCUUGAACUUUCUUCAAGAUAAAAGUUUUUAAUUUUACUGUUUUUUUUUUCUUACUGUUUCUAAGUACCUCUAAGUCGUUCAAAUAAUUUAACCUUUAUUUAUUAAUAAAACUGUCAAUGUUCCAUGAAGGACUGGGUUUUUCAAUGGAAUUCCUCAAAUGGUAUCCAAUUUCCAUUCAGAGUCAUUUCCGCUCCCCCGCACUAAUUGUUGCCAUUCACACGAUCCCCGAUUAGUCAUCGGAGAUGAUUUUGAGACCCCAAACAAUGCCUUUUUAAUGAUUUGGAGAAAGAGACAGAAAAACAUUCAUUCCACACAAAUUGUGUUUCCGUUCUCAAUGAUUAUCACAACACGCACAAAACAAUAUGUUUCAUACAAAAACUGUGCCAGAGACAUUACCUGACUCAUCGACAGCCCUUUUGAGUCAGCAAAUUUGACCCAUGGGAAAAUGGGACAGGUUUUACUGUAGAGCAUUCGGAUGAGGCGAAGAAGCUUUCUUGGGGACUGAAAAAGGUGAUUUUGGUAAAAAAAUAGAAGCUGAGAUUUGAGAAAAAUGAAAAAAAUAUGGUAAUUUCCGACUGAUGAACAAUAGAAAGUUCUCAUCAACUUUUUGAAAACGUGGUUUUUUUCAGUGAUUUGACAUCAUGGUUAAAAUUUCAAAUUUGGAGCUAAAUUCCCGAAAAUUUGAAGUUAAACACUGACUUUUUAAAAUAAUUUUACACAUAGACCUAGAUGUUAAUAGAAAUGAUUUGACAAAAUUUGAAGAUAAAAACUUCAAAAUAAAUGGCAUUACAGUUGUUGGAAGGAAAUUUAUGAAGUUUUUAAUAAAGUUAUAUUAGUCAAAAAAAGACAAAAAAAAUUAGUUAGAUUUUAUAAAGUCAUAGUUUUCAAAAAAAAAUUUUUUUUGGUUUUUUUCAAAAGGUUAGAAAGGAAUUCUUUUUCAGGUUAUAUCAGAAUAAUUCGGAAAAUUAUAUUUGUUGUGUAAUUAACAAGGAUUACGACGAGAAAAAGUUUAAAACUAAAUUUUAUGUACUCUACCAUUAAAAUUUGGAAGUUUCUUCACAACUUGUUCGCCCCGAGAAACAGUAGACUUGGUUAUUAUUAUUUCUCUCGUUUACAGGAGCGUCAAAGGGACAAGGACUCGCCGUACAACUUCAACGUGCCGCCGCAGAUGAGCCUCGACCUGGAUACUUACGAGAAAACGGGAGAAGCCAAAGUUGUGACGUUGAGCUCGGAGGUGAGCCUGAGCUGGCCCAGCUCCCUUACAAGUCAAACUAACUUAGAAAUUAGUUAAGAAAAAUGAAGUCUUACGAAACUUCAUCGAAUUCUGAUGCAAAUACUUCUUCCGCAUACCUAGUUGGCUCUCAUUUUUCUCCCUGGAAGAUUUAAAAACAAUGAGAGAAAAUAAGAAAAAUGGUGGUAUCAGAAAUUGAUAGAUGCUCCUACAAAGAUUCUCCUGGAUAAUUUUCUUCAAAAUCCAAAAGUUCAGGUCAAGCCGGAGCCUUCCUCCAGCAUAACUUCUAUUUCCGCAGCGAUUCCGGAAGAGAAACCCAAGUUGAUGGCGUCGGAAGUUGCGCCGCCGAUGCCCCAGCCGCCUCUGAACCUUCAGGCGAUGCUCAGUCAAAUGCAGGCCAACGCGUUCCCUUUCAUGGACGCCGCUCAGUUCAUGGCCGCUGGUGAGACUUUACGUCGUAGAAUUAUAAUUCAAAAAAGAAGGAGUUUUCAAAGACUUUCAGAAUAACUUAUGACGUCAUUUUCCAGGACCGAUGUCGCAAAUGACGCCGCAGACGUCGUCCAGUGGAAGGAGAGCCAAUCGGACGAGAUUCACCGAUUAUCAGCUGAGGACCUUGCAGCAGUUCUUCGACAAACAGGUGUGUGAAUUCCCUACGAGAUCACUCGAGGGAUUACUCUACGAAAAUGGGAAAAUCAAGUGCCAGCUUUUGAGGCGCCUGAUAAUCUAGCGAAAUAAGGAACAAGACGUUUUGAAGUGGCCCUUUUAGUGUUUUGUGAAAAGUUGAAGAGGUCACUAUAGGGUUGUUAAUCCAAGUGGUCACUUCAGGAUAAGGUCGAGACUUUUUUGCCGUGUUCAAUUUGAUUCCGCGAAAUGCAAAAUACCCGUUGGAGAAAAGAAAAGAUCACUAAAUUUUGGAGAGUCAGAGAUGAAUUCGCAUUUCGCGGAAUCAAAUUGAACACGGUAUUUGGAAAGACGUCUAAAAUGUUUUCCUAUUAACUUUUUAUAAAAAGUCAAUCAAUAGAAUUGAGAAGUUUUAAACGAUAAGCUCCAAGUCCUUUUUCCAAGCUUUAUCUUCUCAUUUUACGAAAAAAAAAAUCCUCGUUCCCCAGGCCUAUCCGAAAGACGACGACCUGGAGAUCCUCAGCAAGAAGCUCCAAUUGAGCCCUCGGGUCAUCGUCGUCUGGUUCCAAAAUGCGAGACAAAAAGCCCGGAAAAUCUACGAAAAUCAGCCGAAUCACGAGAGCAACGACCGAUUCGUCCGAACUCCCGGCAGCAAUUUCCAGUGCAAAAGGUCUGAGAAAACUGGAAAAGUCUUUGGGAUUUAUAGCGAUUUCCAGGUGCAGUCAGGUGUUCCAAAGGUACUACGAGCUGAUCCAGCACCAGCAGAAGAAGUGCUACAAGGACGACGGCCUCGCCUUGGUUCAUGACAAUAAGGUGAGGAGAAGCUGAAGAUGAAGCUCAGCAAGAAGUUUAGAGCGUCGAAGAGUCCCUGACCGAGGAGGAAAAGCUGGCGACACACGCCGCGAUUCCUUCGGUCGCCGACUUGAAGCCUCCGACCGAUCUUUUGAAGCUUCUGGUCAACUCGAAGAGCAACACCGACGUGCUUCUGAAAAUGGUAGGGUCGUGGAUUUUUUGAGAAGAGAGGAGACAUGAGUUCCGCAGAACCUGUAAUGAUUUUUUUGAAAAGGUACCAAAAUCAGCCUGAACAAAAAAGUAGAAACCCCUUUUUUACGGUGAUCAACGAACAAGAUGAACAAGGCAUUUUGAAGCUAUGACGCCUAGAAAUCCAAACGUGUAGUUGAUCAAUUUGAAAGCUUGGUCUUACGAUCCUUCACUCCGUUCUUCUCUCCGUAGUUGAUUCGGUUGCGUCGUGAGAAGCUCAGAAUGUAGCAGAUGUUGUAGAUGGAAUCCGAAGACCAUGCAUUCGGUUAAGUCUUGAAAUAAAAGCAGCCACUCCGAUACAAGACAUUACACAGAAUCUUAUUGAUUUUCUUCUUUUUUCAGUGCGAGACAGUCGGAACAUCUGCACCGGCCUUCCACAAGCGGUGUCCGUUCUGCAGCGUCGCCUUCCGAUGCAAGAAGACCAUGUCGGAGCAUCUGCAGACCAAACACGCCCCUCAGAUGAUGCUGGCUUCCUUCGAUCUGGACAUGCUCCCAAACGCCGACGAGGUCCCUUCCUUCCUCUCCGCCUUCGGAGACUCCAAAGACUCCUCGGCCCUGGACCUCAGUGGCACGUCUUCUCAAGAGUACGCCUUUUUUUUAAACUGAAGACCAUGAAUUAUUCUCAGCGCCUUUCGUCGGGAAUCCCUCUCGAUCUCACCUCAUCCCGGACAUUCGGACGACGACGUCAUGACGGAAGCCUUGGAAGAUUCCCCGUUUGCCAGUUUCCCGAUGUCGGCCUUGUCCAGCGGCAAUGGCGCCCGGUCGCCGGCUAACAAUAAGAGAUACCGGACUCAUUUGACGCCGAUUCAAGUUCAUGUCAGUUUUCGGAAAAGAAUUCUCUCGAAGGUUAUGAUCUCUCGCCAAAAAGAAGGCUCCAGAUAUUUUCGCAGUCGUUUUUAUAACUCCCACAAUAUUCAUGAAGUUCGGUUCAGGUGAUGAAAAACGUCUUCGCCGACUACAAGACUCCUUCGAUGGCUGAAUGUGAGAUGUUGGGUCGCGAAAUUGGGCUCCACAAACGAGUGGUCCAAGUUUGGUUCCAGAAUGCUCGGGCCAAGGAGCGCAAGACCAGGCCGGCUAAUGGUGAUUUUCAGAAUAGUUGAUAAAUCACAAAUUUUUUUUAAAUACAAGUGUGAGGCAAAAAAAUUCUUGAUUUGAAUCGAAAAAUGAAAGUUCGUUUUGUCCAUGGAGCAAAAUAAACAUUUUUCUCGCUUAAAAUGUUUUUUUUUUUGACCUCUUAACUUUUUUCAAAAUCCCACCGCGAAAUGAAAUGACCUCCCUUGUCUUCGGAAGGAGUACCAAGAGAAAGGAAAAUAAUGAUUAUUCAGAUUUUUCAGCCGACGAAGAUCAAAGGCCUCUCCAGGCAAACUGCAGCAUCUGCGGAGUCGAGUACAACGGCCGCCUCUCGAUGCAAGACCACAUUUUCUCCUCUGAGCACAUCGGAAGGCUGAAGAUGCAGCUGAAGAGCGAGGGGAUCUCCGACGUCGUCACGGACAUCGAAAAGCGCAAUCGGUCCUCUUCCAACACCCCCAUGAGCUCUUCUGGACUGAACCUGAACGCCUUCCCCUUCAACUUUAUGAACGGCAUGCUUGGAGGAGGUAGAGUUGAGAAAAUACACUGGGAAUGGCUCGAAUGCUUUCCAAGAACUUCCGAUUCUCCUGUUCGAAAAAACUGUCCAGCUGCGCCCGACCUUGAGCGUCUUUCUAUAAGGGAAUGAAUGUCUCAGCGCGAAAGUAGUUAUCUGUCGGGCGCAGUGACAAAAUGAUUCCUCUGAAUUCACUUUUAGUGGUUUUUCCGAACUUCAAGGUCCUUGGAGUGACUUGAAGGCUUUCGAAAAUUUAGAUGGGAUUUCAACUGUCAGAAAUUUACGAAUCUUUGAAAAUUUGAAAAGAGAAGUUUUAGUUUUUAACAAAAAUCUCUUCCAGGCCUCCCAUUCCUCGACGUCAACCUGUUCGGCACCCCGAUUCCGAUGCUCCAGAUCCCGGAAAUCGUCAAGCUGCAGAUCUCUAGCGACAUCGCCUCCACGACCGCGACAUCGACAACCUUCACCCAGGACGCCGAAACGGUCGAUUCCCUCAGAGAUCAGCUUCCUGAGGAGGAAAAGCCGUUCUUGCAGUCCAAAGACAAGGAGGUUGAGGCGAUAUCGCAUAUUCUGAUGAUUAUUUUGUUCCUUUCAGGUCGGCUGGGCCUGUCCCUCUUGUACCAACGUCUUUCAGGAAGUCUCCAAGCUCCGGGAACACCAAAAAUCGUUGGCCAUGUGCCAAAAUUGUGAAGGGGUGAGUUUCGGAGCGAAUGUUUUGAGAAACGCAGGGUUACUGUAGAGUCAAUGAUGAUUCACAAAACGGGCAUCUUUUCAGGAGAAUAUAAUUCUGCUGAAUUAUUUUCGGAUUACGGUAAUAUGUGAAACCGGUAGAACUUUCUGAACCUAUUAUUUUCCCACACUAUUUUUCUAGGUUUUUAUAGAACUUUAUUAAAUUUUUCUCAAGCUAGCGGUAAAUGAACUUAAUUUUUUUAAUUUUUGGAAAACCAAGUGAAAUAACGUUCUUGUAAAAUUACUACCUCGAAAAACUGAGAAGACUUUUAAAAAGAAAAAGAAGUUAAAAACAAAACAUUCGCGCUCUAUUGAUAAUUUGCGUAUUUUUAUUAUCAUUUUUCCAUUAUUUUUUCAGUUGGUCUUUUAUCAUGUUUACUUUGAAAACUUAACCAUGAAGCGCGCAGUUUUCAAAAAGCUACCUUACUUUUUUUUGGCCAUUUUUCGAAAACUCUAGAACAAGAAAUAGAAAAACUCGGUUUUGCACACUAUUUUUACUGAUCGUUACAAGAAAAUAUGAAAAUAAUAAAUUUUAAAGUCUUUUCACCUUUUCCAAUAUUGAUGAUAACAUUGAAACUAACGGAACUUGGGAUCGAAAAGUUUUGCGAGUUUUUUGGUGCCGCCGCGCGUAAGCCGUUUCAGGUCGGCGACAAGCCAUUCCACGUGCACAGUAGAAAUUUUUAUAGAAUGUGAAAUAAGAUAACUGAAUUUUGGAGAGUCAAAGAUUAUUUCGCAUUUCACUUUGAACUUUUGAACAGAACUUUUGGACGUAAUAAAUAACGCUUACCGAACUUCUUUAAAUGUUCACUUAGAAACCGACAACUCAUCUUUGUUCCAAAAAAAGUUUUUUUAAUAAAACUUCGAUUUUCCAGACGUUCACCCUAGUGCAAACGCACUACGAGUGCAACGCGUGUCCGGCCCAAUUUGGAAUGGCUAAGGAUUAUAUGGCCCACAUCCACAGCCCACAGCACAUCCAACAACGCAACCGACGUGUCUAAUCAUUAUGGUCAUUGGAAAAUUCGAAAAAGUGGCCGCUCUAGGGGACUUUUUCCGAUUUUUCAUGAAAUCUUGUCAUUUUUUUUCAUUUGGUUUUCACCACCUCGCCUCUCUCUCCGAUUCGUUGCCAAAAAUUUGAUAGUUUAUAUUCGCCAUUUGCCAAGUUUCGCAUGUAUUUUUGCGCUUGGUCGCAUUUGGAAUGACUCUCAUUGUAACCGCUCCGCAGCCGCGACGCGUUGAGCCAUUCCAAAUGCGACCUUUGAGACAGUUUCCGAAGAAUUCAAGCAUACUGUGAUGCGAUCUCCCCAUGAAUAAUUAUUUCUUCCUUUAAGAAAAAAUAACUUUGUUCUUUCCAAAUUUUUUUUUUUCAGGGAAUCUUUGUCCCUUUCCCCCAUUCACGGAUAAUGACAAUUGAUGAGGCAAUAACUCGUUUUCCCCCCGUUUUUUCCAUGGCUUUAAUAAUAAUUAUUGUGCUUUAUACGAUGAGACAUUCUGGAAAAUGAUGCAAUAAUCACUUUUUUUCGCCUUUCUACCCCGUUUUUCCUAACCUUAAAUGUCCCUUUACAUUUAUAUUGUGCCCGGAAUCCGGUUUCUCGAUUUGCAGUGUGAUGACUCUUGAUGUAAUUAGAACUUUAGAAUAUUUUUCCCACCGUUUUUUAAAUCAUAGAUUGUCCCCAUGGCUUUUUUUCCUAUUUCAAUUUGCGCUCUUGAGAGAAAAAUUUAAAAGAAAAGAUAAUAAAGAUUUUUAAAAUAUAUCAUUUUUUGUGUCAUGUGUGUAAAAUUCAAGAAGAUUUACAUGUGUUUUAUUGAAAAUGUUCAGGAUUUAAACUUUAAAGCCUGUGGUCGCAAUUGGAAUGGCUCGGAGCGUUGCGGUUGCUUUAACUUGCGCCCGACUCUAAACUACUUCGGUGUGAGGGCGCCGGAUGUCAACCGCGACGUUUUGAGCCAUUCCAAAUGCGGCCAAUAAUAAACUUUUGGAUGAUUUUUUUAACUCUGAAAUUAUGGAAAUUUGCUUUUUUUGCCGAUUAAAAAAAUAUUUAAAAAAAUGAAAAAAAUUGAGAGGUCUGCUGCGGACUGAAGAGACGCCACAGAAAUGAGAAACUCUUUUUUUCUCUGGCGUCUCUUCAACAAGCUUCCUCUCUCGCCUUUGCUUCUUUGCUUAUUUUUUUCAUAGUCCAGUUGAAAAAAAAAAAUGGAAAAGCUGUCUCAGAAUGGAUUUUCGAAAAAAACCUUCAGGAAUGAAGUAUUUUCAAGAAAAAAACAUUUCAAUAAUUUUUUUUCCAACGUUCUCUUCGAGAAAACCUUGAAAAUGAUUCAUUUCUUUACUUUUUCUUCUUGAAAUGAAACUGGUCCAUUAUGAGGAGGCCACUUGCCAAAUAUGGAAAGAGAGCAAAUAGAAAAAAACGUUGAGCGUCAAUAAAAUGCGUGAAAUUUUUUUGUUUGAAAAUUAUCGAUUUUUUUCAGCUCAAGGUUUGGAACAAGUUGAAGGAACUGCAUCAAGAUGGGUUUUGCUGCAUGCAUAGUGAGUCUUUUUAAUUUUAAACUUUCUUUUUCGGGUUAAACAGCUUUGCUAGAUCAUACAUUUUUUUUUUCUCCGAAGUCAAAAAGAGCAAAAAAAAAAGCUUAUGGCAAGCCGAAUUCCCAAGCCGUCUCCGAUCCAAGUACUACCGGCUCUCAAUGUUGCUUAACUUGCCAGAUCGGACGGGAUGGCGUGUUUUUAACGUGAUAUGGUCGUAAGCGAAUGUGGUGGUGUUUCGAUGGAAUACCAUUCAGGCUGAGGGUCUGUCAUGCCCUGAGCUGACAGUCAGGGUUACAAAGUUCACAGAACUCGCGUUUUUGGAAAAAAAAAAUCAGUUGUUAAAGGCGAGCAAAAACAGAGUAUACAGAAAAUUUAGAAAAAAAUUUAAAUGUUUAAGUAUUGGCAAUUUGUUUAUCCAUUUAUUGUUGCCAAUUAUAAAGGACUCACGCUUUUGGCUGUUUCGAUUAUUUUCUUCAAACUAGUAUAAUUUUUUUUUCGUCAACUCACACGGACGUACUUCCAGUCCGAAGGUCUAUUCCAGCAAAACCGUAUCACUCUCGCUUACGACCAUAUCACGUUGAAAACACGUCAUCCCGUUCGAUCUGGCAAGUUAAGCAACGUUGAGAGCCGGUAGUACUUGGAUCGGAGACGGCUUGGGAAUUCGGCUUGCCGUAAGCUUUUUUAUUUAUCAACUUUAUUUUUCUUCUCGAAAUGAACUUUUCAUGAUGCGAAGACCCUUUUUGGAUUUUCACAGAAGCGAAAGAGUGUACAGUAUUCAUUUCCAGACAAAGAUUUUCAGACCAUUUUCUAUGAGUUUUUCUAAAAUUUAUUACACAACAUUUGUUUACACCUGGAGACUAGGUAGAAAUCAAUUGAUUCUGGCGGUGGCCACCUCUCUGAACUGAAUGCCUAAUUUAUUCGGAUGAGAAGAGCCGCCGCGGGGGUCUCCGUUUCAAUUGCCGCGCACUUUUCCGCCCAUUCCAUUCCAUUAGGAAUAAAAUAUUUGUUUGUCUCUCACUUUUCUUGUUUUUUCUAGUUCUAGUAGUUCAGGUGAUAAGAUUGUGGUCACGUUGCGCGGAAUUCAGAAUUAUAUAUUAUUGAAAGAAGUGGAAAUUCUAAUAAAAAAAGAGAAAAUUGCGAGAAAUUUUGUAGUUCGAAACAGCCUUCGAAAUAAAAAUUAAAAACUAUUUUUGCUCCAAGGAUAAUUUGAGGAGAUGCUUAAGUUUGAGGUUGAAAAUGAGAAACUUCCCUUCAAUUUCAAAAGUGAAAGCAAAAACUUUAUUUUGAACUUUUCAACUGGUUCGAAAAUUUUCCGUGGACGGCCAAUUUUUGAUCUUUUCUGGCUAUUUUUAGGCGAUUUUUAUGACCACCUCUUCGCAUUUUCUAUUGAAAAGUAGGAUUUUGAGACCUGUGAAUGCCCUGAAUAGCUUUACAAAUGGAAAUCUCUCCUUUUUUAUUUUUUCUUCAAAUUAUGCAAAAUUUUGAACUUUUGCGCGAUCUUACCUUGUAAAUAGAUUAUUUCUUGAUUAAUUCCGAUUGAAAGUCUACUUUUUCAUAAUCAAAAGGAAAAUUCCAUGGCUUCAUCUUUUUCACUUCUGUGUUAUAAUAUUGUGAGCCAAGAGUCGCGAAGAAGCCAAGCACUCUAGAAAUUGGGGGAAUAUAAUCCUCCUAGAAGGGUUUUGGAGAGAGGUGCAGUCUUCUCGAAAAAGACAACAACAUGGGCGGUGCGUGACGAAAUGAGAAACGACAUGACCAGCUGUCCUUCUCGUUCACUACUACUACUGAACGGCUUCUCUUUUCUCUUUGAUUUUAUUUCAUAACCUUGGAAGACGUACUGAUGAUCGAAAAAUGACUUUGAGCUAAACGUAUAAGAAUAAUAAAGAUUUAGGCUAUACUAUCUUUUGAUGGAUGGUUUUCAAGAAAAAAUAAAUUUUGAAAAGCAAAAAAAACGGUUGAGAGCGGCAAAAAAAGCUUAUGGCAAGCCGAAUUCCCAAGCCGUCUCCGAUCCAAGUACUACCGGCUCUCAACGUUGCUUAACUUGCCAGAUCGGACGGGAUGGCGUGUUUUCAACGUGAUAUGGUUGUAAGCGAAUGUGGUGGUUUUUCGCUGCAAGACAGCUUCGGUUUGAACGCCUGUAGUGUUAGAAGGUUUAUAGAAAAGGAAAGUUUGAUAUUUACAAAAGUGCCAGACAAAGCCCUGAACGCCUGAUUGAACUAACAGAAGAAAGACAUUUGAAUUCACGAAAUUCAAAAAAAAAGUUACCUUACCCUCAUUAACUUCGCACUAACUCUGGUAGAAGUUCAGUCCGAAUGUGUUCCAUCGAAACAGCACAACACUCGCUUACGACCAUAUCACGUUGAAAACACGCCAUCCCGUCCGAUCUGGCAAGUUAAGCAACGUCGAGAGCCGGUAGUACUUGGAUCGGAGACGGCUUGGGAAUUCGGCUUGCCGUAAGCUUUUUCCUCUUCUUUCAAAGCAAAAAAAUAAUAAUAAAUCAAAAUCUGUGGUUUUUGAAAGUGGAAAAAUGAUUAGCGAAGUUGAAAAAAGCCCAAGCAGUUCAGUGUGGUUCCUGCACUUCUUUGUCCCAAUCUUCAUUUCGCCUCCACCGUUUUUUAUGGGCAUCCGUAUAUCGUUUUGAGGCCCUGUUUAUGGGGACAGCUGUCAGCAAGGUUGCUCAACGGAAAUGAUCGUGUUUUUCUGUUUUUUGAAAAUUUUUUUUUCUCAAAAAGCUCUUCUAUUUUUUUAAAAAUAAUUUCAAAGAAGUUUGGCUUAAUAUUCGUUGGUAUUUGAAGAUAAGAAGAAUUUUAAAAGUCUGUUUCCAUGAGAUUUUCAGAUUAUUUAAAGGCAGUUUUUCCAGGUUUUUCUCAAAUAAAUUUUUUUUCUUCUAGAAAAGUUCAACUUAUGAAGAACUUUAAAUAUAUCGCCCGGACUUCUAUGUCCCGUAAGAUUUUUUCUUUUCCUUAUUUUAAUAUAAGAAAAUAUGGUCUUCAUUUUCAGAACCCUUGAUUUUUUAGUGUAAGGAAUCGCUCGAAAAACACUCUUGAUUUCAUCAAAAGUCAAUAAUGCGAACACCUGUCCCAGAAAGACCUCUGCUGACUCAUUGAAAUCGGAAAAAAUGAUCAUUAUCACUUAGGAGCGGGACUCGAUAGAAAUGCAAAACCGACCAAAUCCGCUGUAAUUCCACGCCUCGCGGCUGUCCCUCGGCCCAAUUGCUCUUUUCCUUUCUCUCUUUCUGGCGACUGGACUGGACUCGGGCGGAAAUUGCUCGUGAAGUGGCUCAUCGUAAAUAGUUGUGUUUUUGGCGCGUCGCCAAUUUCCAAUUUCGCUCCUAGUUUUGAUUAUGAUUGAAUAAACUCUGACGUUUUUUGGCCGCCAAUUUUGAUGAAACUUGGCGGAAAUACAUCCUAGAGCCUCCUGACUUCAGAGCAAUUACAAAACUUUCCUUCAUAGAUUUUUUUUUCAAGUAAUGAGCUUUUUAAGUUUGAGAAUUACAUAAAAUAUGACGAAAAGGGUCUAUUUUUUGAAUAGUUCUAACUCGAAAACCAGGUCUAUUGGGAAGCAUUUUCUCUUGUUCUGGAAUUAUUGGGCUCUGAAGUUCAUUUCAUCAAAAGUUGAGCCAAAACAUGUUCCCUUGUGAGUUUGAAACAAAAGAACAAGAGACUUAGGGACACCCCCAAUCCGGGACAAAAUACUUCCAAGAGGUAUAAAAUCUAGGUAAUCCUUAUAAGGGUAUAAGGUUUGGCCCCUAAGCCCUUAAAGCUUAAGUGGUCCCUAAAGUGGCUUCCCGAUUUUUCGUUCAAAUUUCGAAAUCAUAAAAAAGUAAGAUACAGUCCCCGUAUAGGAGGACUAUAGCUUGCAAACGUGGACGGGAACCUUCUAGCGCCCUUAAGGUUACCCCUCUAGGGACCACUUCGGCGUUCCUGAGAACAGUAAACACUCUACUGUUUACAGAUUACUGUAUUUUUACAAUUUUCCAGCUCUCAUUAGUCACAACCGAAAAAGUCUGACUUUUCUGCGCUCUCAUUUCCCUCGGAAAAAGUUUUGUUUUUACGUGAUUUUUUGAUUUUUGUGAGCUCGCCAGUGAGAGAAAAGAGAUCGCAGACAGGUCAGAUCUUUUCAAGGGUGAAUUGUGUUUCAAAUAACAAAUAUAUAAAAUUACUGUUUCUCAGUAAUGAUUUCAAAUGGUCAGUUGAGUUUGAACAACCAAUUUCAGUUCACAUAAAUGAGCCAUGAAAGUUCAUACUAUUUUGGAUCUCGUUGAGCUGAAUUGUUCCCGCGCUCCGGACGGAUCAUUCCUAAGGACCUCUUUAGUCACUUCAGCACUUAAGUGAUCCCUAAGCUUGCUCAGAAACUUCCGGAGCGCGUAUGACUUUCGUCACCGUGGUCCAUGCUUUAAAAUCUGGAGGGAAGAACCAUUUUAUGUUUAAUUCUAUCGAUUUUUGGUUUUUUUUUCGCCGAAAAAGUCGGUUGAACUCACUCAAUUUAUUUGUCAAUCGCUCUAAAAGAUCUCAAAAAUGCGGUUUCCCCUCCCAAAAACGUUUCGACAUCCAAUCAACAGAGAAGGAACACCCCGAAAAUUAGUGCGCCUGUGCAAAUUUGGCCUGGAAUCGAUUGAAAACGAAUCCCUUCUCUUCGCCGAAGCUCCGCCCCCACACAAACAACUAGUAACUCCGCUUGGCCACGCCCCUUUUUUCAUUUCGUUUCCUACUUUUUCGGCUCACGACUCAUCCGUAAUGAGCCUGAGCCAUUGCGGCGUGAAACAAUCCCAUUUUUCCUCCCCUUUUUCUCUCAAAAAUCGAUCUUUUUGGUGGAAAAUUGCAUGAAAAUGGCCGGAAUUCACACAUUUCCAUGCAAUUUUAAUACACGGCGGCCGGAGAGAAUGAAUGUUUUCCAGGAAUUUCGGAGCAAAAUGGCGGCGGAAGAGGUCGAGCCGUUGAGACGAGGCGAAAAGGAUCCCGUGUGAGUUUUGAGCUUUGGGAAUCGUUCAGAAUUUUCGCUGAAAAAAGGAAUCAGUGAAAAAAUUUCCGAGUUUGAUAAUUUUCAAGGAACCUGAAUAUUUUCUCGGAAUAAAAUUUAAAAUUUGAAUAUUGAAAAGAUAGAUUCUUCACAAAAACUGUCUAAAAAACUAUUUUACAUCAUGAAAAUUGCAGUUUUUAGAGUUUUUAUGCAGGAAAAAAUGAUCGAAUCUGCCACACGAUCUCAUUUUUGCGCGUCACAUUGCAUGUUGUGUGUUUACGUCCAAAACAUCAUAUUUUACGUCAACCAAAAUUUUAAGCGUAUCACGGUGUUUCUUUUGCGACGCCCCGCCCACUUUUCUCCGUCAAUUAGGACGUGUUUAGUGCAUGCACAAAAAAUUUGGAAAAUAAGGUUAACCGAUGAUAUAAGUGUGAGAAACGAAUGAACAUUGAAGAAAAAAAGACGAGGAAAUUAAAAGAGAUUAAAUAAAAACUAUAUUGCUGUGGAGAAACAAAUAAAAAGAUGUUUUUUUACAGCAAGUACUUUUUAUUAUAAAAAGUUGACGGAAUAUCCGGAUAUAAAUGAAUUCCGGAACAUAUUUUCUCAACUUCACAGACUUUUUUCAUGUAACUUCAUCUUAUUGAUGUCCACAACCUAGGAAUCUGAACAAUCGACAAAAAAAUAGAAUAAGAAAAACAUAAAAUGGGGUGAAACAUGUUCCAUACAAACAGGUGGAGAUUUUUCAAAACGCUUCUUCAUAACGAGUUUUAAAGUUAGCCUCACAGAACUACUUUCAAAAAAACGUCUAACAGCCCAGAGUAUAACCCGAUCGUGGUCCCGCAAUACUAUCAGCAAUCUACGAAAAGAAAAAAAGUGAAAAAAAUAUGAAAAAAAUAGACAAAAAAAUCAAAAAAAUAAAGCCACUUUUUUUCAAAUUUCGCGGGCGAAUUUCGAGAAGUGCGCAGACUUUGCCGAGUUUCAAAUUCCUUUGCAUUUUUCUUCAACUGGCAGAAACGCCGUGGUAUUAUUAAUUUUUUUAUAGAUUAACAUUAGAAGCGUGCAAUGCGAGGUCACGAAUCCGACGAAACGAGGCCGAAGACUCGACAACCUUUUUAUUUCGAUUAUUCUUCGUAAGAUUUUAAUUUUCAACUUUUUUUUAAAAUUGCAAAUUUGAUUUAGAGACAUUCCCAACGUUGAAUGUAUCGACUGGCAAGUUCUGCGAGCUUUAAAGACCCAAAAACGUUGGGGCGUGAUUCGACAUCCGUUUGUAUUGAAUUAUCUCAAUCACAAGCUCCUCCGAUGUGCAUUAUUCUACACGAUUCAUAUCAUUGGUUGGUUUUGUGUUGAUUUUCUGUGAGGAAGGUACAAAAAUAAAUAACAAUAGUUGAAAUGUUUAAAUUUUUGUAUCGUCUUUUUAUAGUCUGUGUACCGCGACUUGAAAUUUCACGGAACGACAUUCCACUGUGCCGCUGCGCGCUUUUGCGAACCUUGGUCGCACUUUCAAUUUUUUUUUCUUUCAUUAAGGUACUUUAUUUUCAUGCACACAGCAGUAACAAUCAAUUGAAAGCGUGACCGAGAUUCGAAAGACGCUUCGCGAGCGCACGCAGCGGAACAGCGGAAUGUAGUUCCGUUAAAUUUCAAGUCGUGGCACACAGACUAUACAAACCUGUUGAUUCGGUUGUUGUAUAUUUUUUUAGAAGGAAUUUUUCGAUGCUUUUAACCUUUUUUUGGUUAAAAAUCAUGUUUUGUUUAUUUUAUGUUUUUGUUUAUUUUAUAUUAGAAAGAUUCAAAUUUAAGCUUGACUCAGGGAAAUUUUUUUGAAUUUUUCUGCAAAAUUUUUUUAAAAAUCAGGAUCAAUUUUUUUGAUUAGUUUGGGGUACAUGAUUUAGAGAGAUACAAAAAUUAAAUAGUUGAAAUUUUUUUGGAAUUUUUUUCCAUUUUUUUAAUUAAUGAAUUUCCUCUUGAAAAAACCCAGGAAAAUAAAUUAUUCAUUAAAAAAAUCGAAUUUCGAUUUUUUUGCCAUGAUUCAACGGAUCAUUUCUUUAUUAAAGAUUCAUUUAUUUUUUUUGCAAGGUUUUUGUCACAAAUCCAAAGGAAACUCAUUAGAAAAGUUAACUCAAGCCGCAACGCGACCGCGACGCUUUGAGCCAUUAAUUUUCUUGAAAAGUGAUCCAUUCCAGCCUUCUUCUCAUUCCUGUUACUGUUAUCCUGGCACGUCUUUGCCAGAACUUUCUACAAGGACGUUUUAGUUUCAGCCUUCGUUCUGAUGUUUUUCAUUUUUAUGGUCAGUUUGUCACAGGAUCUCAAAUUAAUUUAUCGAUUUUCAAGGUUUUGAAAGGGUCAAUCAAGGCGAGAAUCACGAAAUCCGUGUCUUUUUGGUUCGUCGUCGCCUACAUUUUCAAUAUGUGCACUUAUGCGGCGACUUUGGCUUACGUUUGGCUUCCGACAAUGUUCCGAUAUGAUGAUUUUCAUCAGGAAAUGAAGGUUUGAAGGAAAAAGAGGAAAAAAUCUGAAUUUUUUAAGUUUUAUGAAGCAAUGUGAAAUUUUAUAGGAAUUGUAAACCGAAUUUGAGUAAAGAAUAUCCAAAAAAAAGGAAUUUUUUGAGAUUAAAAUUAAAGAAAUUUAAGAAAAAAUAGUUUGAAAAAAAAAAUGAAAUCUCUUUAAACCGAAUAUUCAUUUUUUAUUCUUAUUCUAUACCAUCAUUUAUAUCAGGAACAAAAAAUUUUCAAAAAUAAGCGUUAAAUUAGCGUUAAUUAAGCAUUUUUUUGAGUUAAAAAGAAAUUUUUUUCUAGAAAAGAAAUAGUUUUGACUUGAAAAAAACUGGAACUUAUAAUGAGAUCGUUCUGAAUUUUUGAGGAUUGAUAGGCUUUCAAUGAAACAUUUCAUUUUUUUCAAAUGUUCAAAUUUUUUUCUAGUUGCAGGAUUCUCAUUUAAAAAAAGCCGAGAAAAAAAUUAAAUUUUUUUAAAAGAAAAAUUAGGAAUGAACUUGCAGAACAUCGUUUUGUGGUUCCUUCCGAUCGUUGCCAUUAUUUCGGCUUGGGCCAAUUUCCUGUACAUUUUGCGCAAGUCCCCGUUCGGCAUCUACAUCUUCAUGAUGACCAGAAUCUUGAGAUCUUUUGGACAUGUGGGUUUGUCAAAAAAAAAAUAUUACCCGGAUGGGGAGGAAAUUCACAGUUAUUUAUCUAGCCUUAUUUGUCAUUUAGGGUUACUUUAGACUCAUUUUUGCGAAUUUUUUCUUCCAUUACUUUAUCACAAGGUUCAAAAGUAUUUGGCUUGAAUGACUUGAUUGGAACUGGGAAACUGUGAAAAUUUCUAGUGGCCUUUAUAGAAGCUCGCCAAGGACUGCUUAGAGGACACUAAAGUGGCCUUCAGUAGUUUUUCAUCCAGUGUUCCUUCCAAUAACUGAUAAUUUUUAAACAAACAGAUUGGAUCAGUUAUGUUGAUCGAUGGACCCCUAAAGUGGCCACUAAAAUUUUUUUAGUGGUCUAGUAGUAGCCCUUAGACCUCUAUAGUGGCCACUAAUUUGACUACUAUAGCGGCCACAAAACGUCAAAACCCUACAGUGGCCACUAAAAAUUUUCACAGAAUGACGUUGAAAAUCAGUUAAAACUAAAAAUCUUGUCAAAAAAAAAAUUGAAGGUUUAGAGAAUUUUCUUCCGAAAAUAAAUGGAUUGUACUUCGUGUAUUUGUUUUUGUUUUUUUCCCAAAAAAAAAAACGGAAAAAUUCACGUUUUCAGAUCGCAACAAUUUGGAUACCCACUCUGAUCGCCUUCUCUUUCGCUUUUCAUCUGAUAAUGCGGGAUAGUGGAAUCAAGCCCUGGGAUACGAUUGACAACGUUGGUUUUGAUUUUGGGAUAGGUCAAGUUUGAAGGAAAGGAAGAAAUUCUUGAAAAGGAGAAAAAAGUCAUAAGAAAUCUCUGAAAAAUGAAAAAAGGUCGAGACAAAGUUUUUUAGGAAAAAAAGGUCAAGGAUAAGCUCUGAACAGGAAAAAAAGGGUCAAAAAGGACAUUAGGAAGCUCUAAAAAAAAAGUACAAAAAGAUCAGAAAAAAAAUUGAGUGAAAGCUCUGAACUCGGGUCUAUUAAAAUAGGAGCUCAAGAAGUAAUUUUUCUUUUUUUAUCUCAAGGAAUUCAUUUUCGAGCUCCUUUUUGGACUAAAGAAAGGAAUUCAGUCUUUUUGAAGUUUUUUUUAACAAGAGCUUUUUUCAAUUCUUGGCAUCAUAUUUGAAAAGAAAAGCCAAGUUUAGAGAAAAGGUUGAAACGCUGAAAAAGAAGAAAAGGGUCAAAAAUGUUGAGAUAAAUCUCUAGCAAAGGGAAAAAAGGCCGGGAAAAGUUUGAAACGCAAAAGAACCCUCAUUUUUUGAACAAUAUUGAUUUCCUACUGAGAACUUUGGAGUGGUCCCUAUAGGGACUGUAAAAGGGACCCUCUGAAGCGUCCCAAUAAAGACCCUGUCUUCUCAUAGGUAGCUCUAUGGUUUUAGGUUUUUGUGAACCGCGUGAAAAGCACUAGAGGGACCACUUAAAUUUUGACCCCUGUAGGAACCGUAAACUUGCCUCCUAUAGUGAUCCCUUGAUCAACAAAACCUGAUAGGGACCCCUUCGAAAUUUCUCAGUAGCUUUCCUUUUUGAUCCAAAAAAAUUAAACUCAGUUUUUCUGAAGUUUAUUAAUAAGACCUUAUUCAAAGACCACGCCCUUUCUAUUCUCUUUGAGUUUUCUUCAGAAAUGAAUGAGAAAAAACUCAUUUCUUCGUUAUUUCUUGAAAUUGGCUCAUUUCCAGCAAACCAACGCGACGAUGGUCCACAAAAUGUUGAUAAUUCUUCAAGCCGUGACCAAAACUUCGACGAUGAUGAUUGGAGAAGUCGACGCAAAUGAUAUUUUAGGUGAUUUUGGGAACUUUCCGGAGGAUGUCUCGAAAUUCAACAUUUCUCUUUUUCGAUAAUUUUCCGUUCAUUUUAAGACACGCAACAAUGGAUCCCGAGUAUCCUGGUGCUCGCUUUCGAGAUCAUUACCGUUAUUUUGCUCAUGAAUUUGAUGGUAGGUUCAUUUUUCAAUUAUUUGUGAAUAAGGAAAGAAAGUGGCAAAUUUCCAGGUCUCUCUCGCCGUCGGCGAUGUCAGCGACUUGAGGAAUUCGGCUCAGGAUAAAUUGCUCAAAAUCAAGGUUUUUUUCUUCAUUUUUUCUCAGUCAGUUGCAGUUUCUGUAGAUUUUUUAGAUUCCAUGAAAGUUUGAAUUCUAAGAAGUUUUGGACUACUUUCAUGAGAUUCCAAUUGUUUUUUUCCGCUUUCCUUACGUAAAAUAUCUUUGAAAAGUUUUCCGUAUAAAUUUUUAACCGACUGGAAAUUUGAAGUUUUGAAAAUAGUACAAAAGUUAACUUCCCAGCCUUUUUUUCACCUAUCAUCAUUUUUUCAAUUUUUCGAAACUUCUAGUUAAAAAAUAAGCUUUUUUUCUUUCCUUGAUUUCAGAAGUUAUUUUGAAAAAUAAGCAGGUAGAGACUUUUUAUUCAAUUUCUGCUAUUUUUUCAAAUCUCUCUGUUUUUUUCCUGUAGGGGCCGUAAAAUUGCACCCUAUAGUGGUCCCUAAAACAACAAAACACUAUAGGGACUUCUCCGAAAUUCCUCAGAUUGAACGUUUUUUCAGUUUAUUAGUUGAGACAAUAGUUUUUCGGACACACAUUUGACGGAAGAUUUUUUGAAAAAGCGACUCAGAUUUCUCAAUUUCCCGUUUCAUACGCUAUAUUAAAUUUAACAAGGCGUUUCCCAUAACUUUUCAUUCUUUCAUCAAUAUUCAAUUGAAGUUGGCUCUUUCCAAACGAGACAUUUCCAAUAACUUCACCUGUCCAUUUGCAGGUGAAUUUCGUGAUCGAAGCCCUGCAGCUGAACGAACAAUUUGGCAACAACCCCAUUCUGGACUUGCACACGGCGCCGACUUCCAACAUUUUAGUGAUAAAUGAAGAUGGCACUUAUUUUACGGAUAGGGACAAGUUCCCCGAUUUGGACGCCAGGAAAAUACCGGAGGAGGUGAAUUUUUCUCGAAUAAAUUUCGAUUUUUUGAUUUCCCCCUGGUUUUUGUGGAAGUUGACUGAAAGGUACUUUAGAGCCUCCUGAUUCUAGAAAAUAAAAGUUUUUUCUUAGAAUGGGUCUGAAUUUCGAUUUAGGACCCUUCAAAGACUUAUGAGCAGAAAAAACGGGAUUUUAAACCGAUAAUGGCCCGUUUUGUCCAUAGAGCAACUUUACUCUGAAACGGAAAUUGAACUUUUUUUCUCUGACUUUUUUUAUCAUUUUAUUUCAAAAAUUAGCCUUUUUAGUACGUUUCAAAGCCUACCAUUGCUCUAAAAAAAAUUGGCAAAUUUAUCAAAAACCCCAUUUUUUUACUGCCCAUAUGCCUUUCAGGGGCAAAAACUACACAAAUCAUGAAAAAAGAGGUUUUUGAGGACUUUGAAGCUUUAAAAAUCGAAAAAAAAAAAUUUAAUGAGGUUUUUUUCUUAUUAUAAAAUCAUUGAGUUCUAAAGUACACUGUAGUUUGAUCAAAAGUUCAAUUGGGGGAUGAAAAACUGGAAAAAAUUGAAGAAAUCGUGAAUUUAGGCGUACAAUAUUUCCUUCGCGAGUACUGCCAUGCGACUUCGGAUCCAGUCCUUGCAAGGUACCAAAAUUGACAUUUAUUCGGUUUCAGGGUUUUGACGUUUCAGUGGUCUCUUUAGUAGUCGAGUAAGUGGCCACUAAAUUCGCUGAACUUUAGUGCUCUUUUAGAAUUUUCAGUGUGUACUACGAGACCACUAAAACUACUAUAGUGGCCACUAAUAUGCAAAAUAGUGGUUGUUUAGUGGCUACCCCAGUGUUCUUUUCAAGUAGUCCUUGAGGAACCUCUUAAGGGGCCACUAAGAUUCGUCUAGUUGAACAUUCUUUCAAGGUCUCAAACUCGUAAGUUAAGGAGUAUUUUGGCGAAUUUUCGUGAAAUUCUCUAGAAUUACUUCCCUUUUCAGUCAAAUCACAAGAAAAAAAUAGAUUUUUCAGGACAUCGAAAAAAUGCUCUACUGAAAAAUUGUGUCAUACAGUGCACUGAAGCUCCAGAAUCGGGUAUUCCGGUCCUUCCCUCGGAUCAAACGAAAAGUUAUCAGGUGGGUUUAGGAGAGAAAAAAUCGGAUGAAGUGAAAAAAAUUUCAUAGAAAUAAGUCAAAUUUAACUAGAUUUUAUUAUUAAAGUGGACAAGAAGGAUUUUUUUGAUUGGAUCAAUAAACUCGAUAUCUAGAAAAAAACUUUCAGAGUAACUAGGCAACUUUCCAACGGUAUUUUUUUCAACAAUAACUGAUAGAAAAAUCUAGAAUUCAUAAAUUUCUUUGUCUAACAUAAAAAAAUAAUCUUCUAUCUCGAGAUUUCAUUUGUGACUUCCAGCUCAAAUCUGAGCUUGUCCUUUAUCAAUCGAUGACAUUUUUGUUGAUAUUGAUUUUUUAAAACAUUGGCUCAAUUUAGGACCGUAAAAUAACGUUUUUUCGCAGUUAGAAUUUAAUAAUUUGCGAUAGGUAAGUAGUGAAAAAAAAUUCAUAUAAAGCUUAGAAACUUGAAAUUCAAAUUUUUCAUUUUUAGGACCAAUCCGGCCUGUGGGACAGCUAUGCCAAGUGGAUUAUCGGACUCGAUUGGGCCGGUUUUCUUGAUAUUUGA